UGAGGCUAAGGCUAUUAUUACAUGUUUUCUUGAGAAAGAGAUGCCAGUUUUCCUCAGCCUCAUUUUUCUAUUUCCUCUCAUUUCCUUAUAACUUUCCCUUUUUAUUACUUUUUUCUUGGCUAUAUAUUUCGUCUCCUCUUUUCAACCAGGAAGACAGUUUUUUUUCUUUAGAAAAAAAAAGAAAGAAAAGAAAAGAAAACUCACUACUGCAAAGAGCAACAAAGAGGAAAGAAAAGGAGAGAAAGAGGAAGAAAGAGACGACACACAGAUACAGUGAGAAAGAGAGAGAGAAAGGAAAAGAAAAGAAAGGAGUGAGGGAAUUGAAGAAGGCUUUCAGUACCACAGGAAGAGAAAACGAUGUCUAAGAGCUUUACAUCCUUUCAUACUCUGCAACUCUAACAAGGUCUGCUUAUGGGAAAAAAGGUGAAGGACAGAAGAGUUCGAGGGUUGGCAGAAGGAGAGCAAGUAAGCAAAGCAAAGGAUAUAUAGGAUCAUGAAGAAGAAGAUAUUGAUAUGGGAAUAGCUACAUCACCAGUCACGCCAUCAAUUCUUCAUCAAAUUCCAUUUCAAGAAAAGAGUAAUCAUUCUACAAAUUCUAUGUCCCAAGAUUACCACCACCAAGCAGCUGCUGGCAUCUUCAGCUUCUCCAAUGGCUUCGAGAGAUCAGCCAUGAGCCACCAAGAACAACACCAACAGCAGCAGCAGCAGCAACACUUAGUACAGCAGAUCCGGAGAGAUAAACAAAGAGUUCAAGGCUUUGAGCCGCCGAGUCUACCAUUAGUAGGGAUCGAAUCAAAUGCUCUUCCUGUUUAUGAAGCCGAAGGUAUGUUAUCAGAGAUGUUCAACUUCCCUACAGGUGUGGCCGCUUCUGCCGAGUUAUUAGACCAGCACGUAGAGCCUAAUUAUCGAGCACACAGGCCACCGGGUAAUAGCAACGAGUGGUUUAGCAACAGGCGAGGUGUGGUUGGGGGUUUGGGACUGGUAGGUGAAUCAAAAAGUCAUGAUAACCGUGACACUUUAGCAGCUCAACAGCAACAUCAGCAGUUACCAAGCUUUAAUGCCGACUCAGCAGCUGCCAUGAAUCUUUUCUUGAUGAAUCCACAGCCAAGAUCACCAUCUCCUCCUGCUCCUCCAUCAUCUUCUUCUAAUACUCUCCACAUAUUGCUUCCAAACCCAUCUACUUCUCUUCAAGGGUUUAAUGUAUCUGGUCCAGCUGGAGGGACUUUCCGUACUACAAGUACUGUACUAUCUCCACCUCAAUUUACUUGGGUUCCUAAUAGUGCUCAUGAAGGAGAUGACAGCGGUUCCCAGCUAAACAACUCAAGUCAAAUUGGAGGUGUUGUAGAAGGCCAAGGCCUUUCGCUUUCUCUCUCAUCUUCUCUGCAACACUUGGAAGCUGCCAAAGCUGAAAAACUGAGGAUGUACUAUAAUCAAGAAGCGGGUUCUUCUGCUUCUGCUGCUGAUCAAUUUCACUACAAGAAUUUGGCUACCCAUAAUCAUCAUCAUCUGCAAGGUGGAGUGGGGGAAAACCAUCAAGUUCACGUUGGGUUUGGAUCCUCAUUAGGAAUGGUUAAUGUGUUGAGAAACUCAAAGUAUGUCAAAGCUGCUCAAGAAUUGUUGGAAGAAUUCUGUAGUGUUGGAAGAGGAAACUUUAAGAGAAACAAGUCUUGUAGAAACAACACAAACCCUACUUUUAAUCCUCCCGGUAGUAACGGCGAUGGUGGUUCUUCCUCGUCAACAAAAGACCCUCUUCCUUUAUCAACAGCUGAUAGAAUUGAACAUCAAAGAAGGAAGGUCAAACUUUUAUCCAUGCUUGAUGAGGUGGACCGGAGGUACAACCAUUACUGUGAGCAAAUGCAAACGGUGGUGAACUCGUUUGAUCUAGUGAUGGGUUUCGGGGCAGCAGUUCCUUACACAGCCCUUGCAAAGAAGGCAAUGUCAAGGCAUUUCAAGUGUUUGAAAGAUGCAAUAACAGCACAAUUGAAGCAUAGCUGUGAGGCACUAGGGGAAAAAGAUGGAGCUGGGAACUCAGGCAUAACAAAGGGAGAGACACCGAGGUUAAGGGUGUUGGAACAAAGCUUAAGGCAACAAAGAGCCUUCCAUCAAAUGGGAAUGGUGGAACAAGAAGCUUGGAGACCCCAAAGGGGGCUGCCUGAACGUUCUGUCAACACUUUGAGAGCCUGGCUUUUCGAACAUUUUCUUCACCCGUACCCAAGCGACGCUGAUAAGCUCCUGCUGGCUCGACAGACUGGUUUAUCGAAAAAUCAGGUUUCAAAUUGGUUCAUAAAUGCCAGGGUUCGAUUGUGGAAACCCAUGGUGGAAGACAUGUACCAACAAGAGAUUAAAGAAGAGGAUGAAGAUAAUAAUGAGGGACACAACAGCAACAGUGCACAGAAAUCGACGCCAUCGACAACUGCAGGCGCAGCAGCAUCAACGCCGUCAGAACCACCACCAACAACCGCAGCAGCAGGAGGCAAAAGAUCCGAAAUCAAUGCCAUGGAAAACGACCCUUCACUCAUUGCAAUCAAUAGACAAGACUUCUCGGAAAACCAAGCAAAACAGUGCACCCACCACGACACUAGUGCUACCAACACCACUAUUAUUGCUACUGGUCCUCCUCCUCCCACCACCUUCAAAGCCACUGCCACUGAGGUGGCGCCACCCUUUUCCUAUGGUGUCGAUGGCACCACCACGUGCCGUCGUGGCAGCAUUGUUUCAGCCGAUUAUGGGACCACCACCAGGCCUGGUAAUGACAGUGACAUUGGUUCUACGCUCAUAAGGUUCGGGACCACUACUGGUGAUGUCUCCCUCACCUUAGGGCUACGCCAUGCUGGAAACAUGCCCGAGAAUACUUCUUCUUUCUCAGUUAGAGACGUUGGGGGGCUGUUAAAUUGAAAAUACAUAUUCCACAGUAAUAGUUAAAACAAUUUUCAUUUCCAUUUUUAUUUUCUUCAAUUCUAUUAAUUAAGAAACAAAGAAUGUAUAAGUUAGCAACUUAUAUUUGGCCUUAGCAUUAAUGUAUAGUAGAUUGUUUCA